AUGCCUUCACUCACGGUCGACCCGGCGGCUGCCGUUCUGCCUACUCUCGAAGUGCCCGACUGCAAACAAUCCCAGCCAGAGCUACUUCACAGCCUCAAGCACAGCAGCAGCGUCCUCGCCCUCGCAGUCAGUCCACAGCACGAUUCCAUCUAUGCCGGCACGCAAGAUGGCGAGAUUGUCGUCUGGUCUCUCUCCACCUUCCACCAGGUCCAGCAGGUCCAGGCGCAUAAGAGGAGCGUCAUGUCACUAUCACUCUCUCCCGACGGCUCGUACCUAUUCUCGAGCGCCUGCGACCCCAUCAUCAACGUGUGGUGCCCUCGAACGCUCCGACGCCUAUACGAAAUCUACGGCAACCACGAUGUCGGCGACAUCUUCUCCACAGCAUACAGUCCGCAGCACGAUACGCUAUACAUUGGCGCGCAGAAUACGUCGAUCCAAUGGGUUAGCCUGAGCGACCCAAGCACAAAAGUGACGCCCGAUUCGCAGCGACAUCCUGAUCGAAGAAGUCACCGGUUUUUCGACUCCAAGGCGAUUGGCGGAACGAGCACUCCAAGACGCAGCGAGGACAAGUGGAGUUUGAUCCCUCGAGCCAACAAUGUCUUGGAAAUCGACAGUGGCGCAAUUCGCAAGUUUGCCCACUACGGCUACAUAUACUGCAUGCUUAUUGCAAAGGGGCCUACCGUGGAAGUUGGUCCAGAGGACGAUGUGCUGAUUUCAGGAGGUGGUGAUGGCACAAUUAAGCUUUGGAGUCUUGGGGCACAAGGCAGAACUGAUCCGGACGACCCCGAGCGAGCCGGCAUCAAGGAGAUCAUGUCGCUUGGUGCAGAUGACGCAGAGUCUGUGCUGUCACUGGCAUUAGACGGAUCCUUCCUGUAUGCUGGAAAGCUCGAUGGCAUUGUCGAGCUCUGGGACCUGGACACAGCCCAGAGGCUGAGAGUGAUUAAGGCGCAGAAUCAAGACAUAAUGUCGCUCCAGAUGGGCUGGGGCUAUCUUUGGACUACUUCUGCUGACGGAUGGGCCAAUAAAUUCAGUACGGCGCAUUAUGGCAAAUACCAGCACAUCUCAAGAACUGUUGCCCAAAAAUACCAGUGCCUCAGCCAGUGGAAAGCGCAUAAUGGCAAAGAAAAGAGUAAGAUCCUGUCAUCCGCCUGCGCAACUUACAAAAACGAACAAUAUUACAUCACGGGGGCCAACGACAACGACAUCUGCGUAUGGAAUAUCAAGGAUGAGGCCGACCCGAAAUCGGAGAAUAUGAGCAAGACUGAGGACGAUGUCAUCCUCUCUGCCCUGAGUGAAUUCGUUUCAUACAAGACCGUGUCAUCCAGGCCCGAAUUUGCGGAAGACUGCCGCAAGGGGGCCACCUAUCUCGGCGCUCUGUUCAAGCGCAUGGGCGGAUAUGUCGAGAUGCUGAGUACAGGAGAAUCGCACAACCCUGUGGUGUUGGCAAAAUUCUCUGGAAAGAAGGAAAGCGCUGAUAGGCGAAAGCGAAUCCUCUUUUACGGGCAUUACGACGUGGUAUCGGCUGAUAAUGAGAAGAGCAACUGGGCCACCGACCCGUUUACUGUUCACGGAACUAAUGGUUAUCUCUAUGGACGAGGCAUCAGCGAUAACAAGGGGCCCAUACUGGCUGCACUGUUCGCCGUCACAGACUUGAUGCAGGCGCAAGAAUUGGAAAAUGAUGUCAUCUUCUUGAUUGAAGGAGAAGAGGAAUUUGGAUCCAGAGGGUUUGAACAGGUCAUCAAGAGAAACAAGGAGCACAUUGGCCCAGUAGACUACAUCCUGCUGGCCAACAGUUACUGGCUGGACGAUGAGGUUCCGUGUCUGACUUACGGCUUGCGAGGGGUCCUCCACGCCACUGUGUGUGUUGACUCAGCGCGUCCUGAUGCUCACUCUGGCGUUGACGGUUCCUACAUGCAUGAUGAGCCCCUUUCAGAUCUCACAGCAGUCUUGUCCAGACUAAAGGGGCGCGGCAAUCGAGUCCUUAUCCCUGGCUUCUACGACGGCAUCCCACCAGUGACGCCAGAGGAAGAGGCUCGCUACGAUGAUAUUGCCUCUAUCCUAGUUCGCCGUGGUGCGGAAGCCGUCUCUGAAGCAGAGAUUAAGAAGUCGCUUUUGGCCACAUGGCGAGAGCCAAACCUGACGAUUCAUCGUUACAACGUGUCGGGACCAGAGGGUAGCUUGGUGAGCAGCCAUGCUAACUCACACAUCAGCAUGCGAUUGGUACCAGGACAAGAAGUGGACACGAUGGCGACGGCCCUGACAGGCUUUCUGCAACGCGAAUUUGAUGGUCUCGACUCUGAGAACAGGAUUAGCAUUCGUAUCGACAACAUGUCUGAACCGUGGCUAGGCGAUCCGACCAACGACAUCUUCCGCAUUCUAUGCGACGCCAUUGUGGAGGCUUGGCCCGACUGCUUCGAGCCUCGAGAAGAUGCCGCCAGUACUAAGCGACCAAGUUCAGAUGAAUUGAGCACAAACGGCAAAGCCCUUCCGCUGGAGUCACCAGAGCUGCCGACGAGCAAGCCUAAGAAGCCGCUCUACAUCCGCGAAGGCGGCUCUAUCCCGGCCAUUCGCUUUCUGGAGAAGGAAUUUGGAGCGCCGGCUGCCCACUUGCCUUGCGGGCGGGCCAGCGACUCUGCGCAUUUGGCUAAUGAGAGGAUGAGCCUCAUUAACCUGGUCAAGGCGAGGGAGAUUUUUGGCAAGGUGUUUGGGCGGCUGUGA